AUGCAGGCUGUCUUCUUCAAGCUCGCUAAUGUGAUGGACUUCAAGGAGUGCAUUGCUUUGUACAAGAAUACCAUCAGGAAGAGUUAUGGUCAUCGUGGAGAAGCUGUUGUCCAGAAGAACUACGAGAUGAUAGAUGAGGCUCUUGAUGCGAUCACUGAGAUCAAGGUUCCUGCUGACUGGAAGAAUCUUUCGGAUAGUAUGCUCCGCUUUGAGCAAAACUACCAUGACGCUCUUGGUAACUUGGCUAAGGAGAAGAGUGCUAUCAAUAAACCAAGUUUCACUGAGAAUAUCCAGGCUCCAGUUGCUCUCCAACGCGGGGAUGAUAUUCCAGUUAGUGCUUUUGCCAACGACGAACUCGUCGGUGGUAAGGUUCCUCUUGGAACCGCCAAGGUCGAGAAGCGUGGAGUUGCCUUGAUGAUCCCCAUCGUUGAUAUGGACAAGUGCACUCAAUGCAAUAUUUGCUCUAUGUCGUGUCCUCACGCUUGCAUCAGACCCUUCUUGUUGUCCCAAGCUGAGGAUGAUGCCAAGCCGAGUACCUUUGAUAGUCGUAAAGCCAAGGGUGGUGCCGAGGUUGCCGGUCUUCACUACAGGAUCCAGGUCUCGCCCUUGGAUUGCACUGGUUGUGAGACCUGUGUUAACGCAUGCCCCUAUGAUGCUCUAAGAAUGGAGCACUUGGCUGAUUUCGAGGAUAUCGAAAAGCCAAACUGGGAGUAUGCUGUGAGUCUCCCUGAUCGAUCUUCAAGGUUUGAUAAAACCACCCUCAAGGGCAGUCAGUUCUACCAACCUUUGCUCGAGUUCCAUGGUGCUUGUGCUGGCUGUGGUGAAACUCCCUAUGUUCGCCUUCUCACUCAAAUGUUCGGUGACCGCAUGGUGAUUGCCAAUGCUACCGGUUGCUCCAGUAUCUGGGGUGCUCCUUACGGUCCCACUCCUUUCACUACGAGAUACGAUGGGACUGGUCCCGCCUGGGCCAACAGUCUUUUCGAAGACGCUGCAGAAUAUGGUAUGGGUAUGGCUGUGACCACCUCUGUCCGUCGUAAGGCGCUCAAGGCUCGUGUACAGGAACUUCUUCUCGAAGGAAAGGAUAGUCCGCUCUCGCCUGAGUUGUACACCCAGUUGAAUGAGUGGGUUGAGAACUUCAGGAAUCCUUCUGUGUGCGCCGCUCUUUCCAAGUCUCUCCCGCCUCUUCUCAAGGCCGAAGCCAGUAAGGAUCCUGCUAUUCAGGAGAUUCUUGAUGUGUCCGAUUUGAUUCCUAAGAUCUCUAACUGGAUCAUCGGUGGUGAUGGUUGGGGUUAUGAUAUCGGUUAUGGUGGACUCGAUCACGUCAUUGCUUCCGGCCAGGACUUGAACGUCUUGGUUUUGGAUACUGAGUGCUACGCUAACACUGGUGGUCAGAAGUCCAAGGCUACUCCCAUCGGUGCUGUUGCCAAGUUCGCGACCAAGGGUCACGAAGUCGAGAAGAAGAAUUUGGCUGAAAUGGCUAUGGAUUAUGGCACUGUGUACGUUGCCAGUGUUUCAAUGGGUGCCAAUUACGAUCAGACCUUGAAGGCUUUCUCCGAGGCCGAGGAUUAUGAUGGUUGCUCUGUUAUCGUGGCUUACUCUCCCUGCAUUGAGCAUAAGAACCUUGAUGCUAUGACCCACACUAUGCAGCAUCAGGCGACCGUUGCUGCUUCCGGCUACUUCCCGAUCUAUCGUUAUAACCCGAUGUUGAAGAGGAUGGGCAAGAACCCCUUCGUUCUUGAUACCAAGAAGCUCACCAUGG